AUGGCUCCAAGUAUACCUAAUCCCGAUCUUGAUUCUCCUCUAUGUCGUUGUUGUGGUGAAGAUUACCCAGGUAGAAAUACGACUCGACUGAUUUGUGACCCAUGUCAAUGGAAUAAGGACAACCCAACCGGCAUCAACAAAAUGGUACCUUGUCUUUUCUGCUCAGCCCAGUUUGAGGUCCUCAACACUCGAUUGUGUGGUCGAUGCAAGAAAAAUCCAAAGGCAGUUGCGUUUCUUAAUCAAGCCUCUGGGCCAGAUCUCAAUCCAGCAUCUUGUCCAUCACCAGCUAAAUCAAUCAUGUCGCCAAACAAUCUCAGUUCUCAACACUGCUUUAUCUCACCAUCCAAGACAUCUAUCACCUCAAGUUAUCAACCUUUGAUCCAUUCCAGAUCUUCACUUACCUCAAGCUCUCACACAUUGGCACCGCUUGCACUCAACACGGCUACACCCGCCUCAGCUCAUUAUGGAAUGCAAGUUGAGAAUAGUGUUCAAAGAGCAAUUGCACAGGCUAAUGAGCUUCAAUCUCGCCAACGUCAACUGCAAAUUUCUAAUUAUCAAAGGGGAGCUGUUCCAUACCCAUCCAAUCCUGAAGCCAGAGGAUCUGCAAGAUCAAAGAUGAAGAGAGGAUUGGAAUCAAAGCAACAAAAAACCACUGGAUUUAUAAAGAUCAACCUUGCUUAUAUUCUUAAUUCUGAACUCAUUGAAACUGAAUUAAUUGGUUCAAGCUUUGAUUAUGAUCUCUCAAAGACACAUUGGAUGCUUGAUUUGACUACCGAGGUCUGUGAUUACUUUAGAGAUCAUCCAACUUUUCCCUCACCUCAACAAGUAUCUGAGCUUGAACUUCAUAGCCUACCACCUUAUUAUAAAGACUGGUACUACCUAGGCGAAUUAGGCAGGGGUAACUGUUUACCUAAUUGGAUUACCAAAAAUUACCUUUGUUGCAGGUUGACUUCUGGACGUGCUUGCGAGAAGUUUGUGUUAAUUUAUGAUGCAAAUCAAUAUUUGACAUCAACAGGCAAGAGAAAUGUUGCAAAUGAGGUCCUGGACUUGCCAAUUCAGUCUUCUGCUUGUCCACAAAGCAUGUCACUACGAUCACAUUCUAUGAAAAGAAAAUCUGUUCAUAAGUCUUCAGCUGCUAUUUCUUCGGAUUCAGAAUCCUCAGUAGUUCUGCAAGAAUCAAACAACUCCAACUCAAUUGAUGAUCUUGACUAUACACCUCGUCCAAAAAGAGCCUUGAAUGUAAAACGUCCUAAAUCUAACAUGCAAUCUAUCGAGACUCGGACAUCACCUCCGACUGUACUAUCAAAAGCAACUCAGACCUUCAGCCAAGUCAUUGAUGAUCGUGUUGAUAUUUUGUGUCCUGAACCACUUCAUCAAGUUAUGAACAAGCUUAUUGAUGAUUCUCCGGGUGGUGAAAGGAAUCUUCCUAUUGUCACAAAGGCUCAGAACUGUUUAAGUCCUAGCUGGAAAUUGGGUUCAAUGCUUACAAUCAUUACAAAGGAUUUGGACUCAAAUAAUAUAAAUCUACAUGCAAUUGAGCAGCUUACCUUUGAAAAAUCAGAGGUAGUUUAUUCCGUUGAUCGUUCUGCUUUCAUUGGGUCCGGGGCUUUCAUGAAUUGCUAUGAAGCAAAGGUCUUGAUUGAUGGCCAAGCUCAAGAGAUGGUUGCCAAGCAGGAAUUGGAUGCAAACAUGACUCUUGAAAGCUAUCAAGCUUUGGCUCAGCGCUAUCUUGAAGCAGAAAGAAGCAUCAAUAUGUUCAAGAUGGCAAUUGAGGCCAACUCGGGCAAUAUUCCAUAUAAUGUGUGCAAUCAUUGUGAUAAAAUACGAAAUUUCAUUGUACAUCGAGGACACACAGAUGAUCCUGGUCCAAAGGAGAUUUAUUUAUUUGAGGAGAAGAUCAAAGGGAAAUUUGUCAAAUACUUUGGUAAUCUAUUCUUUUCAAUUGACGAGGAAAAGGAAAACAAGACCAUCUAUCAAAUUAUGCACACAUUAUCACAUAAAACAUAUCAUGACAAUCAUGGUAGAUGGAUGAUUUCAGACCUUCAAGGAAAUGAAGAAGGCCUUCUCACAGACAUGGCAAUCAUUGAUCAAGAAUAUCCGUGGACUAUGGGAAACACCAACCGGCUUGGCCUGAUUGGAUUUCGUCUCACAGCUAAAUGUAACUUUUUGUGUAAAAAACUUGGCCUCCCAGAUCCUCGAAGUGCCAGAUACCCUAAGGUUGUGAAUGGCAUGGUGGGAGCAGGUACGGAGAGUGAGUUCCUUGUGCUGGACUCUGAUGCUGAGCGCUCGUGGGAAUUGCUGUGUGGUGCCCGUACCCUUUCUACAUAA